UGGACCAUCUUCUCUGUCUUAUUCACAUCCACUCAGCUCACAUGGAGAGGUGAAUGCAUUAGAGUGCCCUCAGUUUCAUGCUGACUGCCACUUACAGUAGUGAGCAAACACCAAUGGACAGUGCGCUGACCUUUCCAGUAACACCCAUUCUAAGAAAAUAACAGAAUGCAGGUUUUGAGAUGUGGUGAGUGCUGCAAUCUUUGACCAGUCUAAUCGCAGACUGCAACAGGAAGUCUUGUAAGCUAAAGCAGGGAAGAGAGAGCAUGAGACGGGAGCUACACGGAUUGGUUCAGCAAUGGAUUGUAAUCGUAUUAUUCUGGAUCUCACCGACCACUGCGCCACCACAGGCCAUGGUGACUGCCCAGUGUGCGGAGUCCGUGACAUUACCCUGCACAGCCAUCAGGGUGAAAAGCCAGACCUACAAGUUCGUCAACUGGUACAAGGUGGUAAAUCAGAAAGAGCUGAAGGGAAUUAUUUGGAAAGGUGGCGGCAAAACAAAGCUCUACCGCGACGUGGACCAGAACGUGACGAUUGGAGAACGAGACUCACUCACCAUUCAUCAAGUGAAAGAAGAAGACAGUGGAAUAUAUAGAUGCUCCAUGAUAGCUUCACUGGGAGGCACCAACCAGAAUGGUCAAAUAUCACUACUGGUUUCAGCCUGUCUAUUCCCAGGUGCAGACACAAGCCCUGCAGUGACUUUUCCCGGGACAUCCCUCAGCGCCUCACUGAACACCCCACCAGCAUUCUGCCUCUGUGUCAGCUCCCUGGUCCCACCUGCUGCCUGGCUGACCAUUCUGGUCGCUUUCAACAUCGUCAAAGGCGUGGUCUCCUACUGCAUUGUGCAGGUAUUAAAAAGAAUGAGGCGUCCAAAUGAGGAAAUCUCCCAACCAGAUGUAGACGUGGAGGAGGAGAUGGUGCAGUCUCUGAAGGAACACAUACAGAGGUUUUCCGUGAUGAAACAACAGCACAAUUUUGAAGCUGGUGCACAAACAGUUAACUCUUUCCAUUCUGGAAGGAAGGUCAGAAGUAUUUCCCAGAUGGCCGCCAGCAGGGAGAGACAUAUGGUCGCACUUUCCUGACUCCCUGUCCACUGGUGUCUGAGUCUCACAGUAAGUCUCUCUGUACCAUCAAAUAAAUCAGGAAAUCACAAGCUAAAGAGACCAUUGACCAUGAGAGGCCUCUGCAUUGGUCCAGAUGCUGAGAGAUGCAGCUUGUGUGGGACUGAGAUAUCAAUUGAUGGGAAGUUGCUGGAGUGAAACAAGACAGGAAAGAACUCAAUCCCACCCGAGGGCGAAGCCUGCUAGAUUCAUCUGGGAGAGAAUAUUCCACAAAGUACAGCAAAGCCCACUACCACGGGGCAACACGCUUGCUGCUCUUUCUCCAGCAGUCGCUCCUCUCAAUCAAAUUCCCAGUGCAAGUACUCCCACCUGCACUUCACCAGAGUGAAUGAAAUUACAUCACAACAUCCCGACUUGGAACUACAUUGUGGGUCAUUUAUCAUCCCUGGGUUUAAUCCUGGAACCCAUCCCCCAAAGGCACUGUGCAAGUGUCUUCACCAGAAGCACUGCAGUGACUGAAGAAAUGGUUCAUCACCAUCUCCUCAAUUUGAGAUGGUCAAUAAGUGUGGGUCUAAUGCCCAGAUCCCAGAAAAUGACUUUAUUCCCUUUGCAUAUGGUGCCUGUGUGACUGGUAGUGAGCAGCGAACAGGGGAUAGGUUAGAGGUUUGCUGUAGAUGGUCCAGUGAGGAAACUAUGAGCCAUAACCCUCACAGAAACAGUAGUCCAGCCUUGAGAAAGUAACUAAAGGUUGUCCUCCAGAUUAUUAUCCAUCUCAAGGAUUACCACCUUGGUAAGCCUGAGCAUGCAAACACAUUGCACACUGUGGCGUGACAUGAAGUCUCUGAAGAGUCUCUGUGCUUUGUAUCCCACAGAUGGUCUUCUCUGUGAUCUCUGCCCACAGGUCCCAGGCCCUCCCUGGGCAAUAAGCCAUGCUCAGUUCACAGCCUGCAUUAAUGGAGUGGCAAUGGUGUCACCUUAUGGGUGAAUGAGGGUCUGAGAAAGCACUCCCACCGAGUGUUAACCAGUCUAUAGAACUUGGCCAGUAUUUUGAUGGCUGUUGUCUGCUCAGUUGCAUCCCUUUAAAUAACAAUAAAUACAGUACAGUAGCCCAGUCUACCUCCAGCUUUGCCGAAACUGGAGGUCAAAACAAGAACAUUAAAGGUGCAAUUUAUGAAACUGGGAAACUGGUGCAACGUGGCUAAUAGGUCAUUGAAUGCAAACCAUCAGACUCACUUAAUACUGCCAGAUCUUCUGAUGGGUCUGAUUUCACACAAAAAUAAUCACAGGAAUGAUCUAUAAAAGGUGAAAUGAACUUUGUGUGAUUUACUUGUAAAAAAUGUGUGUGAGGCGACCCUGCUUCUUGCUUAGUUGUAUUUUUGUGGUGACUCCUGCUACAGCUCUUGGUCAGCCCACCCUCCAGAGCAGCAGCAGUGUACAGUAUAAGGCAUCCGAUCACCCCUAUGUACACGCCGUCUUUCUUCUAUGUACUGCAGCACUCAGACCACUAAGGACACAUGCCCAGGAUUUUGUCUGUUAAGCCAAUAAAGGUAUUAUUCUGAUUAAAGUAA